AGGCAUGGGGGUUUGGCACGGAGUCUGUCGGAGUUCUUGGGAGAAGUUACAAACUCAGGACAUCCCGAUUGUCGGCUCAGAGAUGGAAGGUCGGAACCCAGUCCCCACCCAGCCUGCUUUGCCCCACACCCGCCCGGUGCCAGGCUCGGCACGGGCCUGUCUUGCUUCACUGCAUACCUCUCGUUCCACAGCCCAGCCAGCCUGGUUGGGGGGACUGGGGAGGCGGCACCUGAGGGGAGCGCACGGGAGCCUGAUACCGGGAGGGGGCAGAGGGGGACCCACUCUGGCUCAGCCAUGUCCUGGGUGACUGCCUGGGGGUAGCAUCCGGCCCCUGGCCCCUGGAGACUGGGCCCCUGUGGUGUUUGCAGGAGGAGAACCCGCUCCGGGGCAGGAAAUGCACCAGGACAGGUGCUCAGCAGGUGCUCAGCGUUGGUGUGGGGUGGGGACUGGGAGGUUUCUAAUCCGUCAUAAUUAAUAGAGCUGGUGACAGUUCUGAUAACUGAGCUGCUUAGAUUAGCGACGGGAUCACUUUCUGGGCCUGCGAUUUAUCCCCCUCGACGGCCCUUGGCAGCAAGAUCAAGCUUGGUGCCGAGGGUCAGAAGAUCAGCCCGACAAGGGGGGAGAUUUAAGUUCAGGAAGUUGAAGUUUGGAGGAAAGCAGCCCCCUGGCAGCCUCACCCCAGCCUGCGCUAUCCAGACCUGCGGGGGUACCAAGGAGGUACCCUCCUUCUGAUCUGGGGUCACAGGAGAGUGGUUCUGUGCCCCGGAUUCUGCCACACCGAAGGUACGUCUGGGAGCACACACUGGCUCUCGGUCACCUUCUCUGUCCAUGUCCCUCUUUGUCCAUUCUCUGGCCCCCCGAUGAAGGCUGAGUCAGAGACGCUUCCCCUUGGCUCCCACCGCCUCCGGGGGGGGGGGGCCCUCCUUGACUGUAUCCGUUUGUUCCGUCACUCCCAUAAGUCCUCUCCGCCCCCCUCCUGGGGCGGGGAGCCCGGAGGCUGGGGGAGGGGGUGGACUUUUGGCCUGUUUCUUUUAUUCCCUCCAUCUCUUCGUCAACAGCUGCCUGGUGCUGGAGGCUCAUUCCUCUGCCCAGACCUUCCAGGAAGCAGCGAACCCGGAGAGAGGGCCGGGACGGAAACCAGGAGACAGACCCGAGGCCCGGACUGCAGCUGCCCUCCCUUUCUCGCGCCGCAGCCUGCCUUAGCACCCCACCUUAGCCGAAGCCCCUCAAGCUCCUGGCGCGUGUCCACCGUGCACGGGAGCGUCAUCACCACCAACACCAUCUUCGAGAACCUCUGGUUCAGCUGUGCCACCGACUCCAUGGGAGUUUACAACUGCCGGGAGUUUCCGUCCUUGCUGGCCCUCUCCGGGUACAUCCAGGCCUGCCGGGCGCUCAUGAUCACCGCCAUCUUCCUGGGCUUCCUGGGCCUCUUCCUAGGCAUAGUGGGGCUGCGCUGCGUAAACAUUGGGAGUAUGGAGCUCUCCAGGAAGGCCAAGCUGGCGGCCACUGCAGGGGCCCUACACAUACUGGCUGGUCUCUGUGGGAUGGUGGCCAUCUCCUGGUACGCCUUCAACAUCACCCAGGAAUUCUUUGACCCCUUGUAUCCUGGGACCAAGUACGAGCUGGGCCCCGCCCUCUACCUGGGCUGGAGCGCCUCCCUGCUCGCCAUCCUGGGGGGCUUCUGCCUCGGCUCUGGCUGCUGCCGCGCUCCCGACGCGGACCAGGCCCCCAGGUUCCCCUACAAGGCCUCCGUAGUGCGGUCCCCUGUCCUCACUGGCGGCCUGCGCCCCGCGGCCUCGGACGAAGGGGACAGCACCUUUGGCAAAUACGGGAAGAACGCCUACGUGUAAGGCGCCAAUGGACCCCAUUCCCCUCCCAAUGCCCCAGCGGAAAAAGGCCUCCUGAACCUCGGGCGGCAGGCGGUGCUCCAACUCCACCCAAUGGCCAGAAGCCACGCCCAGCUCUGACCGAUCCUCUGGCCCCGCCUCCCACCCGGGCCACGCCUCCUUCGUCCGGCAAGGAACCCGCCUCCUUAGAACUCACCUCGGACCCCUGGGGCAGGACCUGGGUCUGGAUGCUGGUUGGCUAAGGGGGUGGAGGUGUCCCCUACCGUUUGUAUUGUGUAUAAAUACAUGAAUGAAUAAAUUUGUACUGUGAACUGUU